UGCCUUCCUUGGUCGGCGUGAAGUUGGCUUUUUUAGAAAAGCUAGGUGAAGAGGAGAAAUUCUGCAGUGUGGGAAGGAAUGGGCUAACUUAAUGGCAUGUGAACAAAGUUCCUGUACUAUUGAUGCUAUGAAAGCUGAGUUAAAAUGAACGUUUCAUUAGGCGCCGGGUUUUCCCUCAAUUCCCUGUCAGCAGAGGAAAACAUUCCUGUAGUGGGUUGUGAGAGUCGCUGAGAACUCUCCUCCUUACCACCCGGUUGUUUCCCCGGCUAAGAGCAGCCUCCUGCAAAAUGCAUAUUACUUUAAACCUUUGAAGGUCUCAGAGCUGUUAAAUAUUUGUGUGGUUUAGUUCCGUGCCACGGUGGAAACCUCCCUUAGGUGUUCAGCGGAGCUGCCUGCAUUUCCAGAAAGCAUGUUGAGGCUUCGAUCCGGACUGUCAGCUGAGCACUGUAAGUGGGCUCAGAGCUGCGCGUUUGCACUGUAUGGCUGCCACUCACUGCUAGAGAGAAGGCAAAAGCCCUGCACUCCACAGGAGGAAACCGGGGAUCUGGACCGAGUCUCCUCUCCUCAUCUUAGGAGUUAUGCUUUCCUUCUAGCUAUAGAAGCCAGAGGGCAGAGGAGUUCACUGAUGGAGUCCACAUGGAUCAACCUCCCAGGGAAAGGAGAGGAUGGAUAACACCAAGGAUACAUGUAGGUGGUACAUGCCAGAGUCCUGCUCUCCCAGCCCUGGUCCGUCCACCAGCCCCUCCUCUGCAGCCAUCGCUGGAUAUUAAACCAUUUCUUCCAUUUCCUCUUGACACUGCAGCUGCAGUCAACCUCUUCCCCAAUUUUAAUGCGAUGGACCCAAUUCAGAAAGCUGUAAUAAAUCAUACAUUCGGAGUUCCUCUUCCUCAUCGAAGAAAGCAAAUCAUAUCAUGCAACAUUUGCCAGUUGAGAUUUAAUUCUGAUAGCCAGGCUGCGGCCCACUACAAAGGCACGAAACAUGCCAAGAAGCUCAAAGCACUGGAAGCCAUGAAAAAUAAGCAGAAAUCUGUAACUGCCAAGGACAGCGCAAAGACUGCCUUCACCUCCAUCACUACCAAUACCAUCAAUACCAGCUCUGACAAAACAGACAGUACUACAGGGACACCAGCAAUAUCAACCACAAGUGUGGAAAUUCGCAAAAGCAGUGUUAUGACAACUGAGAUCACCUCGAAAGUGGAAAAAAGCCCCACGACAGCCACUGGCAAUAGCUCGUGUUCUUCCACAGAGACUGAGGAAGAAAAGGCGAAAAGGCUCCUUUACUGUUCUCUAUGCAAGGUGGCUGUCAACUCCGCCUCACAGCUGGAGGCACACAACAGUGGUACCAAGCACAAAACCAUGCUAGAAGCACGAAAUGGAAGCGGGACCAUCAAAGCCUUUCCUCGGGCAGGAGUAAAAGGCAAGGGACCUGUUAAUAAGGGAAACACAGGCCUCCAGAACAAAACGUUUCACUGUGAAAUCUGCGAUGUGCACGUCAACUCAGAAACACAGCUGAAACAGCACAUUAGCAGUAGAAGGCACAAAGACAGAGCUGCCGGGAAACCUCCAAAACCUAAAUACAGUCCCUACAACAAACUACAGAAAGCAGCACAUCCACUGGGGGUAAAAUUAGUGUUUUCAAAAGAACCUUCCAAGCCAUUGGCUCCCAGAAUUCUUCCAAAUCCUCUGGCAGCUGCAGCAGCAGCAGCUGCUGUGGCUGUGAAUUCCCCCUUCAGUCUCAGAACUGCUCCAGCAGCCACCCUGUUCCAGACCUCUGCACUUCCGCCCGCCCUCCUGCGGCCAGCUCCAGGGCCCAUCCGGACGGCCCACACUCCUGUGCUGUUUGCACCCUACUGAAUUCCGAGCAGGAGUCAUUGUACUGCAAUAAUUUUUCAAAAACACAAGACAGAAAAACAAAACAAAAGAGAACUAUGCAGUGUUUAUUUAUAGUUUAAAGUCUAUAUGAAGAGCCAGGACUUUUGAUAGUGAAUCGAAAAGAUUAUUAAAAGAGGGAGGGGCUGGGUGGGUGGGAGGGAGCGGUACUGUCUCCAGAUUAAAGCAUUCCUCUCAGACACUGUCUUAGAAGUGAUCUCCAGCAUUGACUCUUAGUGGUAUCUAGAACUUCUGAGCCUUCGUGACUGUGCUUUUGGGCACUAUUUCCCCCUGCAUUGUCUUUCCUGCUUUAUGAAACAAGUACACAUUGUCUAAGGGCAUUAACUGGUUCCAAUGUAUAUAUAAUAAUUUACUCUGUAGAUUAAAAUAUUACAAAAAUGGGAAAAUACAACAAAAAAUACAAAAGCAACACUGUGAAUAGUAGUACCCGCGUUGGUCCUCUUGCUAUGACAGCAGUUACUGGGUAUUUAUCCCAACAAAGUAGAUACAGUAGACGUCUUGUAAAACAAUAGUGCUGUGUCUCAAUCUAUGCCAUUAGGAUUUAAAGAAUUGUAAAAGGUAGAAUGAACAACUAUUUCAUACCAGGAAGUGGUAUAAAACAUAAACGCCAGAUGGUGUCAUGGAGGCCUCCCUGGUCAACAUUCUUCCCCCUUGUCCAGCUUGGAGUUAGAACAGGGUUUUGCUGAAAGGUGGGAGAGGUAUUAAUAAAGGUAAUUUCUUACCGCGUACUGCCUUCCCACCCUGAAGAGGUAUUGCUGGAAAGAGGGAACUUUUUGUAAUGACUUUAUAUCUGAACACAGGUAGACUCAUGUAUCAUGGAUAUUUAGAAAGAAAUCAGUACAAUCAUUCUGUUUCAAGGAGCAAUCAUAACCUCAGAUGAUCUUACAUCUUUCAGAUGAUGCAAAGAGCAGAUCUUUCAUGUCAGUACAUAUCUUAUAAAACAGAGACCAUGUAUCCCUGCAGGAUGCCCUUAUAUCAUACCAGUAGGCUUGUCGCAAAGAUUUCUGCAUUAGAUAUGAUGACAGAAUGCAGUGGUAACUAUUGUUGUGGGUUUAUGAUUUUUAAGAUUUUCUACUGACAUGAUAUAAACAUAUAAGCAUUUAAAAAGGACAGUGACAAACAUAAAUUUGAGUUAAUUGCACACAAAUGAUAAAGUGCUAACUAGUACUGGUAAAGUCCACUGUUUCUCUAGUGGAGUUGUGAAAUACUGACAGGCUUUGAUAUUCACCCUAAAGCUGAAAGGAGUUGAUGUUUUACCUUUAAAACAAGAUUUAUCAGGGGUAUAUAUAAAUAUAUGUAUAUUGUAUAUAUGUUAGAAAGAGUAAGAGAAUAACUUAUAAAGAGAAAAAUCUAUAUAAAAUAAAUCUAUAACCAUUCAGUGUUACAGUGUUAUCAUUAAAUUGGUAACGAAUGGCAUAAAAUAGCUGUGCCUUUAAUUUGAGAUAAAGGCUAUUUGCUUUUUACCAUAGAAAGUGAACACAUACCUAUCAUUAUGGUGGGUUUCCAUGCAACUAGUCUGUUGCAUUAAUAAGAACAACAACACUCAAAUAUAAAUCAAGGAAGAUACAUAUACAAGUCAAUCCUAUGUGAUUUAGGUUUAGAGAAAAAUUAUUUUUUGAAAAGAUUUUGUAAAGGCUAUUAAAAAUAUAGUGAGGGCUUGGCAUAGCCUUCCUGAAAUCGCUCUUAUAUAAACUGUGGUGACUUUCAAAGAGGUAAAGGAAUCACGGCAAACACAUUGGAUAGAGAAGUAUUUAGCAUUUGUCCUUUUGUAUUCAAGAAACAUCCACAGUGCUUGGUGCUCAACAUUAAACAUGGUCUUUGGAGUAUUUCUCCACUGUCUAUCUGUAGAAAUUUCUCACAUAAUGUGUCUUGAAGGCAAUUGGCUUUAUAUGUUUUUAUUAAAACAAAAAAGAAGAAAGGAAGGAACAAAGGCAGGGGAGAUAAUAAGAAAAUGUGUUUCAGGGGUUUUCUGGUAAGAAAAACUCAAGCCAUGCCUUCAUUAAGCAUAUUGGUUAGCAUUAAAAUUUGUUUCUGAAAGUACUGUAUCUGGUGAUCUUUCAUUUCCAAUGACCCUACUACCUGAGCAAGUAUUGUCUGCCUGACUUUUCUAUUUCUUUUUCUUUUUUCUUUUCUUCUCCUUUCUUUCCUUUCCUUUCUUUUCUCCUUUCUAUUCUUCUUUCAUUAGCUUCUGUCUCUUUUUUUGUUUGUUUGUUUCCCUAUAGAUCCUGCUGGCUAGUUCAGUCAGAUGAGCAUGAGUUUGUUACUUUGCGCUCUCUCUGUGCCACUUGAGUAGCUUCUAACCAUCUUGAAUUUUAUUUUUCUUUGUUUACAAUAUUAAAUAUUUUGAUCUUUCAUUAUAUUCACCCCUGUACAGCAGUUUUUACAUCUGUCGAGGCCUCUCUGUGUAUGAACUUAAUGUUAACUGAUGCAAUGUGCUUUUGUGAUCCUCCCCAUUUUCACCAAUGUGAAGAAGCCAGUCCAGUAAAAGUCAGGGUCUGUGGAUUCAGAGCCCUGGGUCACAAGGUAUUACUGACUUUAGUGAUUUGCUGGGAACAAACAAAUCAGCCAUACUUUCUUCAUCAGCCAUAUGAGAAAACUCAGAAAUACCUGGAUCCCUUCUGCCUCACUUUGCUAUGGAACCAUUUCUGUUUAAAUGGUCUCUUAAAUUGGAGUUGUAAACAUCAAUUGUCUUUUAUUCACUACCUAAUAAAGGAUGAAGCCUAACCAUA